AUGGCAACACUGCUGCAAUGUGCCAAGUGAUUUACACACAUUUGAAAACUCUUGAAGAGAAGUUUUCAUUUUAUUUCUCUUCAGCCUUCACAGAAUCCUUGACUGGGUGAGGGACCCAUACAGCUCAGCAUCCGUUGCUGGAAAGGACACGAGUUUAAAGGAGCAACAGGAACUCAUUGAAUUGAAACAAGCUCGUGGUUUCAGGCUAAACUUUGCUGAUCUUCCUUUGGACAGUUUUUGGUUAUCUGUUGCCAAGGAAUUCCCCAUUUUGGCCAAGAAAGCUAUUUUGAUAUUGCUCCCGUUUUCAACCACAUAUCUGUGUGAGCUGAGUUUUUCAAGCUUGACUGCGAUAAAAACUAAAAACAGAGAGAGACUGAGAGCUGUUGAGGAAGAGCUUUGUGUGUGUCUUUCUACUACUCCUGCCAGGAUAUCCAUUUUGUGUUCAUCGAAACAGGCCCAGGUUUUCACACUAGGCCCUGGAACAAGACGACCGGGCGAGUGGACGCCAGAAGAAGCCGUACGGGAGCGGAGAGGAGCUCCGAGGCGACUGAAUGGUUCAAAGACAGCAAACAUACCUCUUUCCCACGUGCAACACACACAAACAGCUACAAGCCACUUUUGAUCAAAACGAGCCGUCUUCCGUGCAGUCUGACUUCUAUUGAUCUCCAGGAGAAGCCGGCAGCGAGACCGGAGCGCAGGGACCGUCUGCAAAUGUCGUCUUCUGUAUUCUGGCGGUUGGCAUCAAUGUUGCCAACCCCUCAGUCAGACGAGUAGCUAUUGGCUGUUCUCAUAGGCCAUGGAUUACGUCACAUAUAUACCAGGGGUGUCCAAAGUGCGGCCCGCGACUGCUUUUUCUAAUUGGCCCUCGGCACGUUCUAAAAUGAAACAAUAACAUUUAAAAAACAACAAAUACAUGUAUGGGGAAAAAAACAGUCAUUUUAAUCAAGUUGUAAUAUAAGAAAAAAACAAAGAAUUAAUGAGACAUUUUAGUAAAAUUAGGUUGAGUAAAUGCUAUCAUGUUAUGAUCACAAGGGUUAAAAUAUGAUGAGAAUAAGUCAUGUUAGUAUGAGAAGAAAACGUACGAGUAGAACGUUAGUAUUUGUAAAAAAAAUACAACCAAAAAAAAAAUAAUAAAAAAAUAUGUGCUUUGAAAUCAUUCUGGGGAAUUGUUAUUGUUUCAUAAAUACGUUCGUUCAAUAGCUUCACUUGGCCAUUGAUUUGAUUUGUGAGGUCCUCCUCUUCUUCACGGCAGUGAAGCUAUUGGACACACGGACACGUGACACAAUUGAAUUGAUGAAGCAGAAUGAUUGAAAAACACACGUCGUUUUAUUUUGCCUUGUAGUGCUUAGGCUGCUCAAUCAGUACAGAAUUUCUACUGCUCCUGUACAUGCUUGACCAGUAGAGGGCACUGUGACACUGCUAAUGGGACCAACAGACGCUGCAGAGCUUCCGGUAAAUAGAAAGCUAAGGUUUAGCUUUAUGAUACAACCCGAACAGAGCGUGUGAUUAAAGUUGAAGAGUUAAUAGGCCUGCUUAAUUCUACACCACCCACAGAACACUACCUCUUUUAGAAGAGUCUAACCACCACCACCAUUUGUCCUUUUUUUCAAUAACUCCUCCUCCACCACCAACGACGUAUGUUCUACCACUCCUCUUCAAAGAUAAAUAACAUUUAUCAUUACGUAUUAUUAUAUCACUUUUAUUAUUGUUUUUUUCAUUAAUUAUCCUGGUUUAAUAUUACUACUGCAUCCAAACUCAUAUUUACAUACAUACACAUAUACUGUAUAUGUAUACACGUACAUGUAGUACCUAUAUCAUUGCUAAUAUUAAUUUUGUUUCGACUUAAGAACGGUCGUCUGGAACCAAUUGUGUUCGUUAGUUGGGGACUUAGUGUACAUGCUACACACGUGAUCAGGCAGAACAAGAAGACUACAUUUGUACACGGUCCCUGCGCUCCUCGAGAUCAAUAGAAGUCAGACGGCUCCUUUUCAUUGGCCUUUGAGUUGCCCCCAUCAUGCCUGCACCCUUGAUUGGCACAAGGUGGAACACGUUACUUACAUACCGAUCCACUCAGGAACGCGUGGGCGUGUCUCUAGCUAGCGUUUAGCUUAGCAUCUUAGCAUUUAAGUCUUCAUGCUUGCUUUAAAGUCCCUCACGCUAACGUCGAAUAGACGGUGUUUGGGCCACGCCCAUAAGAGUAUUUCUGAUACUGUAAGUCACAUAUUGAUAUUUAAAAUCCCUAGAUCAGCUUCAGAUGUGUCGUUGAUAGCAACUUUUGAAUCAUCGGACUCCAGGGUGGCCUUGUGCGCUUCUCAUGUGGAAUAUGGCCUCUUCUGUUGGAGUCGUGUGAUUGCGUCCGAGCGUGUACAUUUGACGUCAUGUUUAUGCGACAAACGCGACGGUAAUGUCAUGAAAACACGAUCGAUGCUGACAUGCAUUUUGCAAAAGGAUCAACGAUUUUGUGAAAUUCAGUGCUUUUAUUGUGCAGACCUCGCGCAAUAAUCAUUAUCUGCACGUCUCAGCAGAAGAUGCGCGCGCCCGUGCACGCACGAACACAGAUGCACGCACACGAUUCACCUCCCGAAGAGCGUCGUAAUAGCAAACAGGUUUUCCCAAAGCAACUGUUGGUCUCUGGCGCCAUCUAGUGGUGAAAAAUUAAACAACUCCAGUCACCUUUUCACCGAAAACCCGACUCCGAGCGUGGGAUUCAUCUGUUAUUUACAGGAAAAAAUUAAAAUAUUAGGAUUAUUCAACAUGAAAAAUAGAUGUUUAUAAUGGGAGUAUAUUGGCCGAAAGGGGGCACUAUUCAAACUUACUGUGCGUGUAUUUCGGAUUCGGACUCCAAAGAACCCCGGGGAAAACGUCACAUGAGCCAAUGACGUCUCCAAAGCUCACUGGUAGUUUCAUGCCGCUAGCAUUUACAUUUAGCAAUCUGUGCACAAAAUUGCACGACAAAGUCAAAUUUUUUAAAUCCUUUUUUUAACCUUUUGGGUACUGAUGAGUCAGAAGCGUUAAGCCAUUUUUAUCGGCAUAAACUCGCAUAAGCACUCAGCACUAGCAUGCUAGCUACUAGCAUGUUAGCAUCAUUAGCAUGCUAAACAUUAGCACGUUAACAUUGUUUAUAUGCUAGCUAGCAUCUUAGCACUUGAGCCAUUUUUACUCGGUAAUGUUAGCAUAUUAGCAUUUUUGCUAUUUUUAAAGGUAUAAACUUAAAUACACAGUGUUUAAAUGUUCAUUGUUAAUGUACUAACAAAUAGCAUUUUUUAUUUCACUUUGACUUAGUUUGUUUGGGCUCGUCGUUGGCCCUGACUGGGGUCACAUGUCUGCUCUCACACCCCCCCAGCCAUGAAGCCCCAUAGUGUUUGUUUAGAAGCAGCAUGUUCUUCCAUCUUCUCUCAUUCAGAUCACAGAAAGACUGGAGUCAAGUGGUUGAAGGGAAAAGACCUCCAGAUCCUCUUCAUCGUGAUGUUCCUCUUCAUAGCCAUCGAAGUGGGAUGGAUUCCUUUGCCUUCCUGGCUGUGGACUACACGCAUGGACCGCCUGGAGCAGGACAUCCAGGUUCUGACUGGAAAGAUGACCACGCAGGAUCAUGCUGAGAAGGAUGUGACUGGAAGGAUGAACGACCACCUGAAGGCUGCAGAGACCACAAACAAAACCAUUAAGGAUCUGACUGGAAGGAUGAACGACCUGACGACUGCAAACAACAAAACCAUUCAGGAUCUAAAGGCACGUGUGGGCAAGCUGGAUGGCAUGUCAGACAAACGUAAGGUGUGGUUUGCAGCAACAGGGGGCGACAAAAAGACAAAUGACAGCAAGGUGAUCUUUCAAAACGUGGACACCAACAUGGGUAGCCACUAUGAUGCCACUACAGGCAUUUUCACAGCCCCCUACAAGGGCGCCUACUUCUUCACUGUGACCUUCAGAUCAGAUGGUGGGAUGAUUGAGCUAGAUGUGUUUAGGGAGAAGAUGGAUGGGAACCAAGAGAGUCUGAUGUCCCUGUAUGACAGCACCAACACCAAAGGGAAGAUCUCCAUCGCCUCCAACAGCAAGAUGGUUGACCUGGAGGAUGGAGACAAGGUGUAUGUCCGUGCUAGUAGUAGCCAUGAACUUACAUGUUGUGCUAACGUGUUCAGUGGCUUCCUGGUGUAUCCCAUGUAAAGUGGGGGCGGGCGCAUCCAUCCAUGAUAUCAGAUAUCAGGGCAGUAUCGCUAUGGGAUGGAUGCUUUGAUGUGUAUUCCAUGAUAUCGUGUGGCUAACGUUCCACGUGUGUUUAUGGGUAUUGAGGGCGUACAGUUGGCGUGUGGCUGAUGCCACCUACUGGUAACGCUUGUCAUAUUUACUCGUAUUCUGCUCUGUAUUGUUUUCCUAAAGGGACUGUUUGCCAACAUCCCGCCCUCUUCCUGUGCUGGCACGUAAGGCUAUUGCUAACAUGCUAGCUUCUAUUUGUUCCCUUGAAAUGUUGUCAUGAUUUGCCAACCAUGUGCCCUGCUAUUGGAUCAUUCUGGAUGUGAUGCCAACAUACUGGAUGCCAGCGGACGUGUCCUUUCUGUGCCAUCAAUAAAGUUGUGUUGAAGUUGGCCACACCCAUGGAUACAUGGUGGUGGUCUACGCCCAUGCUAAUGUCCUA